CUCACAGGCAGCCGGCUGGAAAUGGUUCCCCGAAUCCCAAGGACUCGUCACAGGGGUUACUGUGGCUGGGUUUGGCCUGGGAGCCUGUAUUUUCAACCCCAUUCAAUCGUGGUAUAUCAAUCCCGAUGGACUGUCCUGUGAGUACGGAUGCCCUCGAGAAGUCACCGACCGCUUGCCUGACCUGCUACGCUUACUGGCCACGGUGUAUGUCUGUAUACAGAUCCUCAUGUGCUUCUUUAUAUGCAACCCCCCCGUGACAGACAACGCGCUGCAUGCCAACCACACAGCCAGCGGUAGUGAUAGCUAUGGUACAUACCAGGCCAUUCCCACAGACGAUGGGCACGGCAACUCAUCCCUGCACCAGCCCACCGACCCCGCAAAUACCAGGACCACCGCCCCACCUGAAAAAGACGAUGACGAAGAAGUCAUUGUCCACUACCGCGCAGGCAGUAAAGUGUUUGACCUGGACCAGCCUAUCCUCGCGCUGGCGCCGUCCAAGGUGUUUGUGUCGCGCGAUUUUGUGCUACUUUACCUCUGCUUUGGCUUGUGUGGCUGGGGGUCGACCUUUGUGUCUGCCAAUUGGAAGUUGUUCGGAAACUCGCCCGAGGGAGCGCACAUUUCCUCGGACUUGUUUCUGUCGAGCGUUGGGGCGUGUGCGAGUAUAUUUAACGCUUUGGGCCGUAUUGUAUACGGCCGGUUGUUUGACUUCUACGGGUUCAGGAGGACGGCGACGGCGCUGACGAGCGUGUUCACAUUCCUGUUGCUAACCUUUUAUUGUACGAGGUUUCUGGGCAAGGCAGCCUUCUUCGCCUGGGUGUGCGGUCUCUUCUCCUCGCUCGGGGGAGUGUACGCGAUCUUUCCAGGGUCUGUAGUGAAGAAGUGGCCCUACAAGCCAGGAGUUAUUUAUGGCGUUUUAUUCACAGCCAACAUAGUUGUGACGGUGGCUGGUUCCAUCGUAGCUCCCAUUGCUUUGACUAGACUAGGCUGGGCGAGCACAAUGAUUGGGUGUGGAGCUGGAUCUCUAGCCUUAGCUUUGCUUCUUAUAGUUGUGUAUCUUGGUAAUUCCAUGGAUGCGACCUCCAAAAAGAAAUAGUAGUAGCGAGGAUAUGUAUAUAUAUAAAUAAUAAAAGUAAAAGGUUAUGAAUGUAAGCG